CAUGUUCACUUUAACUCGUGAAAUGGCCCAGGCCAUUAAGGGUAUGCAUAUCCGAAAAGUCACCAAGAACCUGAAGGAUGUCACUUUAAAGAAGCAAUGUGUGCCAUUCCGUCGUUACAAUGGUGGAGUUGGUAGGUGUGUCCAGGCCAAACAGUGGGGCUGCACGCAGGGUGAGUGGUCCAAAAAGAGUGCUGAAUUUUUACUGCACAUGCUCAAAAAUGCAGAGAGUAAUGCUGAACUUAAGGGCUUAGAUGUAGAUUCUCUGGUCAUUGAGCAUAUCCAGGUAGACAAAGCCCCCAAGAUGCGGCGCAGGACUUACAGAGCUCAUGGUCAGAUCAACCUAUACAUGAGCUCUCCCAGCCCCACUGAGAUGAUCCUUACUGAAAAAGAAAAGAUUGUUCGUAAAGCAGAAGAGGAGGUUGCCCAGAAGAAAAAUAUAUCCCAGAAGAAAUUGAAGAAACAAAAACUUAUGGCCCUGGAAUAA